AUGUCGCGAUCCUCCCAGUCCUCGAUGAAGCCCUCCGAGGCGGCGUCACAGUCGGAGGGGGGGUCCCUGUCGCAGAAGCCCCCCUCCCCGGCGAAGGCCCCGCAGUUCGGACGGCGCGCCAACCCCUCCGACACAGGCGCGAAGUUGGGCCCGCUGCUGCACGCUAUGGUGGGGCUUUCUUCCCUUUCACCCUCCCCCCCCCCGCCCUCGUCCUCCCCCUCCGAGGACGUCCGCGCGCGCGACGUCCCGAUCCUCGCGGACGGGGAGGACGACCAGACCCACCGCGAGGAGCAGCGCCGCGCGCGGGAGGCCCGCGAGAACUUCGCGCGGAAGGUUCUCGAGAUGCCGACGAACUACCAGUCCCCGAUGCCGAGCCUGAAGGACCUGGACAUCCACUGCAACUGGGACCGCCUGCUGCAGACCAUCCACAGCGAGUUCGACAUGUCCUGCCUGACCACCGGGCUCUCACGGGAGCUGGACGAAGACCUCACGUGGAACCCGGAGAUGCUGCUUGUGCAGCUGUCCUCGGAUAUGCGGGACGCCGCGGAGGUGCGGCCUACCGAGGAGGCUGUCGUCGUCCCCGCCGAGGCCCACGAGGUCGGGUUGAUCUCCGGCGGCGAGGUCGUGCGAAGGCGGCGGGAGCGGGAGAUCCCCGGGAAGUGGGAGGGAGAGACGGUACCGCUUCCGGAAAAGGGAAAAACUAACGGCGGCGCCGAGGGGUUGUUGUUUACGAAGACACAAAAAAGAAGUGAAUCGGUAAACACCAAGGCUUCGGAAUCCAGUACUCAGGACAAUGGGAAGACUCCCAUCUCUGGAAGGAACCGGAAGUCCUCAAAGAGCUCGAUGGGCAAGUCAAAAGCCGUGGCAUGA